GCUCUCCCAACACAACACACAGACAUGUACGGCAGCAGUAGCAGUCUCAAGACUCCCACAAGUCCCCAAGAAGAGGACAAAGGAGAAGGAAAGGUCUAUGGGAAUGUUUUUGCAGAACUGGAAUCAGUAGACCUGCCCCUAGGAACGACUUUGAGAUCCGUUUACGAUGAUCAGCCCAACGCACACAAAAGGUUUAUGGAGAAACUUGAUGCCAGAAUACGCAACCAUGACAGAGAGAUUGAGAAAAUGUGCAACUUCCAUCAUCAGGGAUUCGUGGACGCCAUCACAGAACUGCUGAAAGUCCGAGCGGAUGCUGAGAAACUGAUGGGCCAAGUGAGUGACACCAAUCGAAGACUUCAAGACGCCGGACGGGAGGUGACGGCCCAAACGGAGGAGGUCAUCCGCUGCCGGGUUCAACAGAGGAACAUGGCCACCACUGUGGAGAAGUUGCAGCUCUGCAUUCCCGUCCUGGAAAUGUACAGCAAAUUGAAGGAGCAGCUUGAAUCGAAAAGAUACUACUCUGCAUUGAAAACUAUGGAGCAGCUAGAAAACAUUUAUAUUCCCAGAGUGAGCCAGUACAGGUUCUGCCAAAUUAUGGCUGAGACACUUCCUAAACUCAGAGAGGAGAUUAAGGAGAUCUCCAUGUCUGACCUGAAAGACUUCUUGGAGAGUAUCCGAAAACACUCAGACAAGAUUGGUGAAACCGCAAUGAGACAGGCUCAGCAGCACCGUACGUUUAACAGUGCGGUGCAGAAGCAGGACUCUCUGAGCUGUGCCAAACCUCUGUAUGGUCUGAACGGCCGAACACCCCUCCAUCACAACGGCCUGAGCACAGAGGCAGCAGAUGAAGAGGAGAUGGAUGAGGAGGUCUUGACGGCGCAGGAUCUGGUGGAUUUUUCACCAGUAUACCGAUGUCUUCACAUCUACACUGUUCUGGGAGACAGAGAGACAUUUGAAAAUUACUAUAGGAAACAAAGAAAAAAACAAGCAAGACUGGUUCUGCAGCCUCAAUCUAACAUGCAUGAAACAGUGGAGGGCUACAGGAAGUACUUUAAUCAGAUUGUUGGGUUCUUUGUGGUGGAAGAUCACAUAUUACAUGCCACACAAGGUCUGGUGACCAGAGCCUUCACAGAUGAGCUGUGGAAUAUGGCCCUGUCCAAAAUCAUUGCAGUGCUCCGCACACACUCUUCCUACUGCAAUGAUCCCGACCUGGUCCUAGAACUGAAGAACCUGAUAGUUAUAUUUGCAGACACUUUACAGGGUUAUGGCUUCCCUGUGAACAGACUUUUUGACCUUUUGUUUGAGGUUCGAGAUCAGUACAAUGAAACAUUGCUCAAGAAAUGGGCCCUGGUGUUCAGGGAUAUUUUUGAGCAGGACAACUACAGCCCCAUUCCAGUGGAGAAUGAAGAGGAGUAUAAGGCUGUGGUCAGUCGCUUCCCCUUCCAUGAUGCAGAGAUAGAAAAGCAACAAUUUCCAAAGAAGCUGCCCAUGUCCCAGUCAGUGCCUCAAAUCUACUCUCAAGUAAAGGAGUUUAUUUACGCCAGCUUGAAGUUCUCAGAGUCACUCCAUCGCAGCUCAACCGAGAUUGACGACAUGCUCCGUAAAUCCACCAACCUGCUGCUGACGAGGACGUUGAGCAGCUGCUUACAAAACCUCAUCAAAAAGCCGCACAUAGGAUUAACAGAGCUAGUUCAAAUUAUCAUCAACACCACCCACUUAGAGCACGCGUGUAAAUACCUGGAGGAUUUUAUCACGAACAUCACCAAUGUUUCCCCGGAAACGGUUCACACCACAAGACUCUACGGGCUUUCCACCUUCAAGGAUGCCAGACACGCAGCUGAAGGAGAGAUAUACACCAAACUCAACCAGAAGAUCGAUGAGUUCAUUCAGCUUGCUGAUUAUGAAUGGGGCAUGGCGGAGUCGGACGGCAGGGCCAGCGGCUACCUUAUGGACCUCAUUAACUUCCUGCGCAGCACCUUCCAAGUCUUCACGCACCUUCCGAAUAACUACAAUGAUCAUGCUGCAAUGUCGGGUAAGGUGGCGCAGACGGCGUGUAUGUCUGCCUGUAAGCACCUAGCCACAUCGCUGAUGCAGAUGCUUCUGGAUACUGAGCUCAAACAGAUCAGCAUGGGAGCCAUUCAGCAGUUCAACCUGGACGUCAUACAGUGUGAACUGUUUGCCAGUUCAGAGCCCGUGCCAGGAUUCCAGGGGGACACGCUGCAGUUGGCCUUCAUUGACCUCCGACAGCUUCUAGAUCUGUUUAUGGUGUGGGAUUGGUCCACAUACCUGGCAGACUAUGGACAGCCCACCUCGAAGUACCUGCGGGUUAACCCCUCCACUGCGCUAGCACUUUUGGAGAAGGUCAACAGGGGGUACGUAGAUCCAACAUGGAUUUCUUUCUCUCCAUAGUAAUGUGAUAUGCUGCAUGAAUAGACUCUUGCGUUCUUAGAUGUGAAUAGUAUUUUUAGAAUAAAUAUCAUUUAUUUCACCAUCAUUUAUUCAUCCCACACCCAUUUCAGCAUACAUACUGUACAGAGUGGCUGAAUAAUAAUAUAAUAUGAAUAAUUCACAUAUCAUGAUACAUAAGUCAUGCAUCACUAUAUCAUAACUAAAUCAUUACUAAUGAUUCUUACCUCUCUGAAAACCAACUAAACCAACAGCUUUGACCUGACUGCAUAUACCUACUACAGUUUCCGGAUCCAUUCAGAAUUACUAAACACAGCAACAUACACAUGACAAAUAACAACGUUAUCCUGAAUGUGUGUGAAAACAAUGUACUGAAAUGUGUCUGCAUAAAUACAAUGUGCGAACAGUGCGUCGAGAGUGCGCAUACACGGUGUGUUUGUGCAUCAAUAUCACGGACUCACACGUGCUUACUAUAUGAUUCCUGUACGUCACCUCAAUCGUCUUUACCUUGAUUAGAGUCUGCAUUCAUCAAAACUUUACUAGCGAGACGCUGGUUUGCUAUAUCCAGCCAAGAAACAUAGUUUGCGUAUCAUCUGGCCAUACAGUGGUGGGAUGUUUUGAUGUUCCGUUCAGUCUGUAUUUCACAAGCUUCAAAUCACAGAGCUUGUGUUUUAAAGGUGCAGUGUGUAAAUUUUAGCGCCAUCUAGCAGUGAGAUUGCGAAUUGCAAUAUAGAGAAGCUACGGUGGCCAACACAGGACAAAGAUGUCAUCGUCUGAGACAGCAGAGAGUAGCCAGUCAAGCAAACGCACUCUGUAGAACAGUUUGUCCGUUUAGGGCUACUGUAGAAACAUGUCGGCACAAAAUGGCAUGUAAGGGGACCCAUGGUGUAUGUAGAUACAAAUGGCUCAUUCUAAGUUAAUAAAAGCAUAACAGUUCAUUAUGUAAGGUCUUUAUACACCACUGAAAACAUAGUUAUGUAUAUAUUGCAUUCUGUCAGUAGAUCCUCCUAAAAUGUACACAUUGCACCUUUUAAAGCAAAACACACACUCGAAUGAAUAAUUCACUGAAAACUGGCCAUGAGUCUCUAUUUUCUCUGCCAUCUCUGAUGUAAUAACCCUGGUUUACUUUACAUUUGCGCUGCUUUGGACUGAUUGUUUGAAUGAAUUCACUUACUGGAUAAUUGGACUGAAAACUUUGAGUUUAGCAGCUUAAAAUGACCUGAACGCAAACAGAGAAGAGAAACUGAAUAAAUUUCAGCCUACCAGGGUUACAGGUACUUGCGCCAUUGUUGAUAAACUCUCGACUUCUAAGAUUAUCUAACUGUGUGAUGUAAAUUACGUAAUUUUACGUGAUUGUAAUUUUGCAUGCUUCAGAAAUUUUGUUAGUGUUAAAUUAUCUUAACGCGUUAAGGAUUCUCAUUAUAUUUUUAUAUAUAUAUAUAUAUAUAUAUAUAUAUAUAUAUAUAUAUAUAUAUAUAUAUAUAUAUACACACACACACACACACAUCACGUCCUGUUUUUGAUUAGUUUAGAUGUGUUUGCUCCAUGUUGCGUUCAUAUUUCAGUCAAACCGCGUCGAACCACAUCGUUUGGAACUGAAAAGGUGGGUCUCAGUCCGCUUGUUUGGUGCACAUGGGGUUUCGGAUGGCAGCGUUCACACUUAUUCAAAUGAACCGUACUAACAGAGCAAUCGGAUGCGUUGAAUUAUCUUAACGCGUUAAGGAUUCUCAUUAUACAGUCAAACCAAAAAUUAUUCAGACACUAGAUAUAAUUUUUUAUAUUUUUUUUACUAGUGGGUGCAGGACACUAUAGUUCAUUUAUGUAUGUGAGGAUAGCAAAAUAAAGUAAACUGUGACAUACCCAAAAAUUCUUCAUACAGUGGACUACCAGUAAAAUUGAUAAAUUUAGGACCAAAAAUUAUUCAGACACUUUGACCUGACCAUGUUUUGCUUAAGUGUUAUCUGACAUAAUUAAUAUAAAUUUUUUCUGACACACUUUAACUCUGAGAUCUUGUCAUAUUUUAUUACCAAUUUUUUAAACUAUAGUGAAUAAACUGUAUUAAUGAAUGAAAUGUUCAAGGUGUCUGAAUAAAUUUUGGUUUGUACAUAGAUGUUUUCUGAAGUGUGUUCAUACUGUCUUCAUCAUAUGUUCAACUGCUAUUAUAAACUGUUAUAUUAUCAUCUCAUAUUGCUUUUCCAGGAUGAAAGACACAAGUAAAAAGAACAACAUCUUCUCCCAGUUCAGGAAGAACGACCGUGACAAACAGAAAUUGAUCGAGACGGUGGUCAAGCAGCUGAGAAGUCUGGUGAACGGAAUGUCCCAGCAUUCCUAGAGUCGUUCACAUGAACUCCAAACACUGGGCUCGGUUUGACAACGUAACUUAUAAACUAUAUUAUACUUCUUGCUUUGGCCCUUUUUUCAAGUCGCUGUAAGGUAACUCUCAAAGUACUGUGGUAUAUUUUGACUGCAUCCUCCAUGUCUUCUGCCAAAAUAUUCACCACUGUAGGCUAAUAAUGUAAAUUGAAGAAGAAGAAGAAGAAGAAAAAAAAACAGAAGUUAUGCAGUAAUUUUUUUGUAAUGUAUUUUUAAAGGUUGAGAAUUAUGUUUUGUACGUUGUGAAAGUGCAAUGACUCUAACACUACACUUGAGAGAGCGGAGGUGUGUAUGUGACUGCUGAUGCUGAUGGUCAUGUUGCAACCUGUAUGAAAUUCUCCCUAGUGUAACAAGGAUGAAGUUUUUAUUGUAAAUAUUUUUAAAUGUAUUUAACACUGCUAUGGAAUCAUGCUUCCCAUCGGUCUGCCUUGAGUUGAAUGUGACUCAGAUUAGGUAACUUAUAAAUGAUAAAAACAUUUGCAUGAGAAUGCUUCAUUUUUUCCUUUAAAGUUGGCAGACUUUGUUCAAACUUAUGUGCACAGAAAGCACUUCUUAAUGUAAAAGAAUCUAAAAUCGUCAGCUACAUUUCACUGAAUGAUGUACAAAUGCACCACAGAAUUAUAUUUAAUUUUUAUUUUCUCAGGGUGAAAUGAAAGCUUUGGGUUUAAAUGCUUUAGAAUCGCAUUUCAAGAUGAAAAUAAAUAAGCAAUAAUUGGUCCAGCUGCAGACUCUGUGCAAAGUUGCAUUGAAAAAAAUCCACAAUCAUUUCGUUAUUCACUUAUGGUUUUAUUUUGUUUCUUAAAAUUUAUUUUUUACAGGCAUUUUGCACUGAAAAUUAUUUAAGUUUUAACAAGCAACUGUAUGCUUAUGUAUUUAAAGUACCAUUGUAUAUAUGCCACAAUAUUUUGUUAAAAUUGGGGGGAAAAAAUGGAAUGUAAAGAUAAAACAUUUGUCAUUAGCUCUGAGAGUGUUUCCAUAUUUCCAUAUCCUGGAAAUUUACAACACUAAUAUUGGUUUCACUUUAAAAUAACUCUCAUAACUUAAAGACUUGCUUAACAAAUUAGUAGUUCCAUAAUAUUCAGAUAUCAAAACAGAUGAAUCAUGGUUUAAAGACAUUACAAGUAUUUGAAUGUACAUUAGCCAAUUAUCUGUUAAGCGUUAUUUAUGAAAGUUAUUAUAAAGUGUCACCAUGAUAUUCAAUAUUUCAAUGAGGCAGACAGAAUCACAAUAUCCAUAACUCUCUAACUGGCAUUACCUGGAGUUACACAAACCCAAGUGACUUCAAUUGGUUUCAAAGCCCACUCAUUUUUAUUUGUGUGCUUUAAUAAAAUAUUAUCACAAAAAUA